AUGCAGUUCACCAGCCUCCUCACUAUCAUUUCCCUUGCAUCUGCUACUUCCGCAGCCCCUGGUGACCGUGGCAGUUACACUGUUUCCGGCCUCGGUACGCGCAAGCAGGCUAUCUUGAAUGCCGGUGGCAACACCCUUGACUUGGCUAUAGCCAUGCUUGAGGAUGAACACAUGUCAACCAACUACAAGUAUGGCGACGGCAAGACUCUCGACGCGGCCAACUUUGGCGUUUUCAAGGUCAACUGGGGAAUGCUUCGUGUCUGCGCUAAGCGAGCUGGAUUCGUAGGACAGUCCGAAAGUCAGUGGAACAACGGUGCUAAGCUUAACUCUGAUAUCUACGCUGAUGUUGCCUCGCGUUGGGAUUGCCAGGAAUAUUACGGUUAUGAUAAGUGGUUUGCCGGUCACCGUAACGGCGCUACUGGCUUGUCAAACCCCAAUACGGAAGAUAUUCGCUUCUACCGUGAGUCUGUUGAGUGGAUCCAGGCGCAGAUUGAUUCAAAGUCUACUUACAAGACUGAUGAUACUCGCUUCUGGGUUGAUGUGACCCCUAUCUAA